CCGGGACAGUAGUGCGGACCGCGGACCCCCGCAGCAGCCGCGAGCGGACACUCGGAGCCCACCUACCUACCACCAUGGGGCUGGUCUCGGAGGCGCUGUGGGGCUGCGCGGCCUGCUCGCUGGCCGUCUGGCUGGCGCUCGCCCUGGCGCGCUACGUGCGCUGGCGCCUGUACUGGCACCGCGCGCUCAGCCCCUUCCCGGGGCCCCGCGUCUCGCUGCCGCUCCUCGGCACCCUGCUCUACAUCGUGGGGCCCAUGUCCACGGUGCUGCGGCGCGGGCUGCGGCUCAUGGAGGGCUACGGCAACGAGUACAUCACCUUCUGGCUGGGCGAGCGGCCCUGGCUGCACAUCAUCCGGCCCGAGGACGUCGAGGGCCUCCUCAGCUCCAGCAAGCACCUGCACAAGCCCGACAUCGUGUACGGCCCCGUCAGCGGCUUUUUCGGCAGGGGGCUCAUUACGAUCAACGGCGACGCCUGGCGCCGACACCGCCGCGUGCUCACGCCCGCCUUCCACUUUGCCGUGCUGGAGCGCUACUCGGGGAUCUUCACGCGCCGCGCCGAGGCCUUCGCCAAGGGCCUGGCCUCGGUGGAGGCCGAGGGCCGGAGCUUCGACUUCAUGCCGCACAUCGGCGCCUUCGUCACGGACACCGUCAUGGAGACGGCAUUCGGCCUGGUCGGCGGCGACGAGGACCUCGAGGGCAAGGAGAAGGCGGACUUCAUCCAGGCCACGGACCGCGCCUUCCAGAUCAUCGCCGGUCGGGUGAUCCAGCCGUGGCUGAUGGUGGAGUCCCUGUUCCGCCUGUCGCCGUACGCCGCGCAGCAGCGGCAGGCCGACAAGGUCAUCAACCAGUACGCGAGCCGCGUCAUCGACAAGAAGCGGCGCCAGAUCAUCGAGCGUAAGCGCAACCAGCUCGAUUCUGGGGCUGAGCAGGAGAACGACGACGACAAGGAUGACAUCGGCAUCCGCAAAAAGCUAACGUUCCUCGACCUGGUGCUGGGGCAGGACACGGACGCCCUGUCCGACCAGGAAGUGCUCGAGGAAGUGCGCACCCUCAUCGCCGUGCAGCAGACGUCCGCGUCGACGCUCAGCUUCGCGGCCGUGUGCCUCGCGCUCCACCCGGAGGCGCAGCGCCUGGCCCGCGAGGAGGUGCUCGCCGUGGACGCGGUGGAGGGCCUCGAGCCGCUCGAGCGCCUCAACCGGCUCAAGUACGUGGAGCGCUUCCUCAAGGAGGUCCUGAGGCUGUACCCCAUCACAGCCAUCUUCUCGCGGACCCUGGGCGAGGACCACGUCCUACACAAUGCGAAAACCAAGACGGGGACGCGAUCCGUCACGCUGCCCGCGGGCCUCGGCAUCACCUUCUUCGUGUACCAGACGCACCGCGACCCCCGCCACUGGCCGGAGCCCGAGCGUUUCGACCCGGACCGCUUCCUGCCCGAGCAGUGCGCGGGCCGGCACCCCUACGCCUACGUGCCCUUCAGCGCGGGGCCCAGGAACUGCAUCGGGCAGCGCUACGCCAUGCUGCAGAUGAAGGCCGUGCUCGCGGCCCUGCUCAGGACGGUCGAGCUGUCGCCCGGCAAGGGCUGCGAGCGUCAGGACAAGCUGGACAUCAACAUCAACACUUUUCUCUACAUCAAGGGUGGCUUCAACGUACGCCUAAGGAAGCUUGACACAGACCGGCACGGGUGUUGGCAGAGAUAAGACUUGGGUACAAUGCGGGAAAGACAAAAUACAAUUUUCUCUAAUGUGUAAUAUACAAAACUUUGUACAUACAUAAAUAGCUUAAUAAUUUAAAAAGAGAAUCAUUACAAAUGCAGUUUAAGUCAAACAAAAACUAAAGUAUAAUGCAAAUAAAAAUCACAGAGGAAGGGCAAAUGCAAUUAAGCUGGCACCAUACGGACUAGAUCAGCCUAAAGCUCAGGGCUUCGGUUAAAAAUACCUUUUAUAUUUCUAUGAAAGUAUGAAAUGAUUUUAUACAGAUUAACGGUAUCCCGUAUUCAAUAUAAUCCACUUUGUCCCCAAUUCAAAACAAGUAUUUAGAAACAGUUAGGCCAGAGAUAAGCUCUCUAAUGUUUUUACAUUUCUAAGCUGAAUUGCAAUAUGAAAUACUAUGCUUUGAAAUAAACUUUGAAAGACCAAA